UCAAAGCUUUCCAGUUUUGUUGAGAUGUUGUUUAGUUAUGAUAAAAUUACAGGCAGCAAGAUGGCUCAGUGUGCUUGUCGCCAAACCUGACUACCCAAGCUCCACCUCUAGGACCUACGACAUGGAAGGACAGCACCAGUUCCUUAAAGUUCUCUGACUUCCACAUUCAAUACCAUGAUAUAGCUGCACUCCACCCCACCCCCAAGCACCCACAAAGCAAUGUUUAAGAAAUUAAGUAAUAACAUUAACUUCCAUGUCACGUUGAUGAAUUUUCAUAAAUGUAUGCAGUCAGGUAACUCUUGCUAGAUUAUGACAUGUCUAGGAACAUUUCCACAUAAGAAGUCCUCUCUGGUCUCUUUGUUGUUAUUCUUUCUCUUUCCUAACCUUCACUCCUAGCAAACGCUGAACUAUUCCUAAAACACCACAUAAAUAGAAUCGCACCCUGCGAUGACUGGCUUCUUCCGCUUAACAUAAUGCUCUAGACCGUCAUACCAUACUGUAAGUGUUAAUUGUUUGUCACGUUGAGUUAUGGAGUAGCAUUUCAUCAACGGGAUAAACCACCUUUUGUUUGUCUCACUAGAUGAUGUUUUGACUUGCUUUUGAAAGAUACGCAUAUUCACUGCAUAUGUUAGAAAGACUUUUUAAAAUUACUUUUGGGUAUCUCUCAAAAGAAGGAAUUGUAAGAGUAAGUGGUAAAUGUGUGGUUAAUGUUUAAGGAAACCACCACAGGGUUUUCUGAGGUGUUUGGGGAGACUUAAUUUGCCUCACUGAUUGAGAGGUUUCAGUCUGAGGUCACCUGGGCCUUUGGUGGCACAGCACACCAUGGUGGGGACAUUUGGCAGAGGAAUCCUGAUCAUUCACAGUCAGUAUGAAGCAAAGAAAAGAGGGGAAGGCUGUCCCUUCACGGGUGCAUCCUGAAUGACCCUAUCACCACUCUAGAGGCAGUGGGGCCUGGGAAAAUGGAGUCAAUAAAGGAAGUGGGCUAAAAUCUUCCACCAUAACCAACUUAUUCAGAGCAUCAAUUUGUACUCUGAGGGUUAAGAAGAGUCAUAUAAGUGUACAUUCAAAAGGACAGGCUGCACAUGGUGGACAAGCCACAUGUGGCAUAGAGACAACAAUACCCAGUUGUAAUGAAUACUCUGAAGUAAAUUCACUCUUAUCUGUUACACCUUGGAGGAGUACGAAAACAUUUCAAGAACAAUUCCAGAGGGCACAAGACUCUUAUUUUCUUGGAGGUUUUGUUUUGCUUUUUAAAAAGCACUCAAAAUUCUCCUUGCACAACUCCAUUCUUGGACCAUGUUCCAAAAUGACCCUGGUUCCUUCCACCAGACCCCUCCUCCUAAAAGUCCUACCAUUUUGUAGUAGCACCAGAGGCUGAGGACCACACUUGAAAUACUUGGGCCUUUCAGGAAUAUUCUAGAUCUAAACUAUAGCACCUUCUCACUCGGCAUACAUGAGUUCUCUAGUUGUUUCAUACACUACCCAACAGCUGGUAUUGUUAGUCAUAUUAAAUCUUACCCACACUGGUGGGCGUAUUAUCACAUCUUAUUAGGCUUCAAUGUGCAGUUAAAUGAUUAAUGACAUGAGCAUCUUUUUGUGUGUUUGUUUGCUACCUAUGACUCAUCUUUGGUAGUUUGCUAAAGUCUUUUGGCCAUGUGAGAGUGAUCUUUUACCUAUUGAAUUAUAGUAACUCUUUACAUAUUCUGAGCAUUACUUCUUUACUGAAACAGGCUUUGCAAGUAUUUUCUUUGGUCUGUGCACAGUCUGUGCUUGUAAACGCUCCCUGUAUUGACUCUCAGUACAAAUUGGAAUGAUUUUGACGCUUUGAUGGUCAAUGGCUCCCUCCUACUGGCAGUUGUGGGGGCUACAGGGAUGAAAACAUCAGGCAAGCAUGCUGAAACAUUUUGUCCAAACAUCCAAUAACCACCUUUUUACUAAUUAAUCUCUUCUAUUCUGAUAUAGACUAAACAUUCCUCUCAGAUGUGAAGAAUUGAGAUUGCUGAUAUCAUUACCUCUGAACUCCAUCUUUACCUUGAUUGAAAACAACAAGAAACCUCCAGCUCUGUAUAAACACUGCCCUGGACAACUUAUCUUAAGGCAUCUUGUUUUUAAGUAACUGGGGAAUCCCUUGUGAAGGAAGACAAUUUCCAGCACUCAGAAUCAGAAAUGAGUAGAUGUUACAAAAAUUCUACUCCUAAAAGGGUCAUCCACUUUGCUGAUGGAGACACCAUGGAAGAAUAUAGCACUGAGGAAGAAGAAGAAAGAGAGGAUCAGAACUCAACAUAUGACAUUUCUAAACUUUCAUGGGAAUCGUACCUCUGGAUUUGGGCAGGACGAGUCACUCGCAAUUCAAUUUCUACUUGUGAAUUCCUUGGUGAAAGAUUUGCUGCUCUCUUUGGUCUUACUGAACCCAAAUGCCAGGAUGUGCUAAAUGAGUAUCGCAGAGCACGCAGUGAGGAUGGUGACAAGGGAAGUGAAGGGCGUGGAUCAAAGGCCCAGGAUGCUGAGAUUCCUAAUGAAAAGUGUCACCUGGGAGCUGGCGGCCAACAGUAUGGAGCCAUUGCUUCCAGAGAAGGCCCGGCUGCAGAGUCCAGCUCAUAAUGGACAGCAGAGGCUCCCUAAGCUUUGUCUAUUGGUUACCAUGGCAACAGCACAAUAGGCAACACUUCCUAGUUUGAUCUGGUUCUAAGCCCAUGAAUGAAUUUUCAAGAAUUUAAGGGUUAGAUGUAACAAGAAAAGUGAUUUUAGAUACUUUCACAAUAUAACAAUUUAUUUUAAGUCCCAGUGAUAAAAUUCUGUCAGCACUGACUUUGCCCAACAGCAAUGUCUUAUGGAACUUUGGGUCUGGCGGUUUUGACUGACAUUUCUUAUGAUGGUUCUAGGGCCCAGUUUAAAAAAAUAAAACAGACAAAUCUAAAUUUAAUAUAUAAUUUCCCCUUAAACAUAUGUAUUUCCAUACAGCUAUCUGAAUUGGUUGGGGCUUAUUUUGCUGUUGGCAACUGCAUCAUUCAUUACCUCUUUAAAGAUCAUUAUCAAAGUCUUUGAGAGUUCCAUUAGAAAAGCAACAAUUGAGAGCUAGAAGUAUGUGUCUUCAUUUCCUUCCCGUUGCUGUGAUAAAGUCCUUUGACAAAGGCAGCGUAGGGGUGAGGGUAUUUAUUUUAGCUCACAGUUCCAGGGCACAGUCCGUUAUGGCUGGGAGGUCACAGCAGCAGGAGCCUGAGGGAGCUAACUGGUCACAUGACGUGCUCAGUGAGAGGAGGGCAGUGGAGGCCUGCGUGCCAGUGCCCCGCCAGCCCUUUCCUUUCCAUCAGUCUGGGAACCAGCCCAUGGAAACGGUAGCAACCACCUUCAAGAUGGGUCUUCUCCCCUUGUUAGGCAGGUUAAAAGCAUCUCCCACAGACACGCCCACUGGGCGCCCUCAUCUACAAUUCCUCAUGGAGACUCCCUUCCCCGGGUGAUUCUUGAUUGUGUCAAGCUAAUGAUUAAAACUAGCCACAGCACUUUAAACAGAUUUUUUAAAGGAUUAAUUUACGUAUAUGGGUACUUUGUGUGCACAUACAUCGGGCACCAGAAGAUAGCAUCAAAUAGUCUUGAGCUGCCAUGUGGGUGCUGGGAAUUGAACUUAGGACCCUCAGAAGAGCACUAAGUGAUCUUAACCACUGAGCCAUCUCUCCAGCUCCCUUAAACAGAUUUUUAAAGUUCAUUAUCAAUGAAUUUUUCAAACAUUGGAAAGAAAGGUUGGGGAUGUUAAACAGGAAAACGCUUGCCUAGGACAGGCCUUGAGUUUAAUUUUUGACACCACAAAACAAACAAAAAAUCAAACCCCAAAUCCUAAAAUAUCAGACAUGGAAAUCCUAGUACUCCUGAGUUUAAUUUUACCUCUUCAAUUAGCUAACUAUGUGAUUAUGAGGUGUCUAGAUAUAUGAUCUAUGGUCUCCUGCUUUGGAAAAUACACAUGGCAUUUAUGUCCUUGUGGGUUAUUAUCAAACAAAAUGAGAUAAUGUAUGUGAAAACAUCUUGAAACUAUAAACAUUCAUUGUUCACACUUAAUUAAUAGCUGCUAUAGACAGUCACAUUGUCCAUAGUCACUCCAACAUCCAUGCCUCCUGGACAUGGCAUCCCGGCCAGAUGUAGCCACAUGAAUGAUGUACCACUCUUACAUGGAGCAAGGGAACCAUGCAGCAGAACCUGGGAAACUUGCAGGUUCAUGAGCCACACGGACAUAAUGUGAUUAAAAUAAGAUCCCCGAGAGAAGCAGGGAGCUGGAGUUCAUUUAGUAUGAAAUCAAGGACAGAGUGGGAGUGGAGGGUGUAGUUAGUUGGAUAUGCCAGCAUAAGAUCACUCACAAACAGAUGGUUCCAAAGUCUUAGUUUCUGAAGCAGUCGGUUACUUCUUUUUCACAGGGAUUCCAUUGUCAGUGCUGCUGCCUACCCUGACAGUCAGUCUCCACGUGCUGGCCUGGUGCGGCAGGCUUCCCUGAUCGUUCUUCCAGCUUGUUCCAGCCCAAACAGAAGCUCAGUGGAGAAUUAAGCACUGCCGUGACUAUCUCCACUGAGAAUGGACUCUGUCCCCGCUGCUUUCGCUUCUCCCACUAAAGCACACCAUCAUAUAGCUAUAAUUAGCUGUAGGUGGAAGGUGACCCUUAAAGAGCCUAGAAGGGGAAUCACUUUAUUUUGGUGGCACAGACGGGGGUGAUGGGCCAGUGAAUUAAUACGAUCCUUUCUUGUUUCACCUUUGCUGACUCUAUGACCCCUAUGUAACUUACUUAACCUCCAUGUUUUCAUGUCUAAAACAGGUUUGAACUAGCUUAUAUAACAAUAAGGUAUCUCACAGGCUCUAAGGUCAGAUAAGUCUCAACAGUGUCUAGAACAAGCUGAGAAAAAACUACCAAAGCAGGUGCUCCCCAUCCCCACCCCCAUCUGUCCUGCACUGGAGGCACAAGAACACUCUAACAUUUUUCUAACUCCUCUGAUCAGUGACUGGUGUUCUGGACCCCCGCCCCGACUCCAAACACAGAGGAAAUAGCCCCUGUGUCAAACCCUAAUUCAGUUCCUGUGGCCAAGGAGGUAGAGACAUAUCAUAGUAACAUAGUUGUGGUGCCUUUUUCUCAAAGAAGGUGAUGUUCAGGAAAAGGGACUAAAAUGAUCUCAGCAGAUAACACUGUGAAUAGUUCUUGUGACAAUCAAGGGAAACCUCUCAGCCAUAAUUAGGCACUAAAGUCACUGUCGAUGAUAAUGUUUAAUAUUUGUAAUGUCUUGAGUUGACUGGGCCCAGGUUAAAGACCAUCUGUGAUGCAGUUUCAGGGAAGUCAGCCCUUGAAUGCAGUUCAGGGGAGGGGGAAGGGAGAGGGGCAUCAUAGAAUUCCACAAAAGGCCUGAGGGGAAUAAUGUGUCUAGGAUGGUGAUUUUUUUUUUCCUCCUUUUUGCUGCCUUCCUGCUUGAGCUUAGAGCCUUGUUUCUUUUUCUGUUUCUAUGUUCUUGGCCUGGGUCUUGGUUUACUCACUGCUCAUCCCAGGCCACUCUCAGCCCUAGUCCUGGGGCUUAGGUCACUGCUCCCUCCACCCCCACCCCAUUCUCAGGCUUUUGGACUCAGAGUGAUUUGUUUUGCCACCAAAUUUCUUGAAUUCUCAGGAUGUAGUGGCAAACUGUGGGGUUUCUUGGCUUCUGUGAUCAGGUGAGGCUUUCCCCGUUAAUCUAUUUAAUUCCCCACAAUACCUACCUACCAUAUAUCCAUCCCAUCGGUUCCAUUUCGCUGGAGAAACUGAUUACUAGACAGUUGAAUGAAGAUCAUCCUUUCGCGUUUGGAUGGUUUGCCCUCACUACGCAGUCUUAGUUCCUUAUCUGGCGCGCUCUGUUAGUUCAGUUUCAAGGUGAAGUAACUCUGAGUGUUUGUGGUAUAGCUCAAGGGGCUGCAUCUCCCACAUCUCACAGCUAAGCAUCAGUCAGAGCAGCCUCGGGUGUCAGGUCAAAGCAAAAAUCCAUGCUUGGUUUAUUCACUCUUCUUUCAGAACAAGCUCUAGUGGUUUGUUGUGUUUUUUGUUGUUAUUGUUUUGUUUUGUUUUUCUUUUCUAAUAAAGCUAUUCACUUACCAAAUAAACACUUGUUGUGGUUCUAGGAAACUAGGCUUUGGUGGUUUGAAUGAGAAUAGUCCUUAUAAAACUAUAUGUUUGAAUAGAAUACUUGGUCCCUAGUUGGUAGAACUGUUUGGAAAGGCUUAGGCGGUGCGGCCUUGUUGGAGGAGGAGUGUCACUGGGGGCAGGUUUUGAGGUUUAAAAUGCCCACUCCAUUCCCAAUACACUCUCCCUCCCCUCCCUUUCCCUCUCCUUCCUUCUGUCCCUCCCUCCCUCUCCCUCUCCUUCUCUGUCCCCCUGUCCUUUCCUACCUUUCCAUCUCCUUCCCUCUCUCCUUUUCUCCCUCCUCUUCCUCUCUCACUGCCUCUAGGUUGUGUCUCAGGAUAUACACUCUCAACUAUUGCUGCUGCCAUGCCUCUGCUCUGCUGUCAUGAACUUAACCCCCUUAAACCCUCUGAAACUGUAAGCCAAUUAAACACAUUUUUUCGUAAGUUAUCUUGAUCAUGGUGUUUUAUUGUAGCAGUAGAAAGGUAACUGAGACAUAAACCAGAAUAUGAUACAUGGAGAAGCAAAUUCUGUCCAGCA